AGAUCUCUUGAGUCUCGAGUCUCGAGCGCGAAAUCGGAAAAUGGAAAUAUCAUUCAACCAAUUACCAAGGUGAAAUAUUUGUUCUUUAUAAGGUGUUCGUAAAAAUAUAUUACAUAACUUUUUAGUGUUAUUGAGAUGUUGGUUUUCAGUGAUAUAUUUUAAUUAAUUUUUUUACGAUAUAAGUGUUUUCAUUAAGUUAAAUCACUCGUUUUUAAAAUCGUUAAUUAGCGUCCAUCGUUUGUGAUACCUACCUACCGAUAAGACGUGUUUGUUCCAUAUAAAUAUAUUAUAAUGGCUAAUACUGGAUUGUUGAUAUGUUCGAACCCAUUCCGUCUGCUUCGCAUAUUUCCGCAAAUACAACGCGAUGUACAAAGUACGCUUUACGUCCAUUUCUUUCCACUUCCAAAGCCGGAUAAGAAAACUGUACGACAUCGAUUCAUGAUGAUAGAUGCUUACAAAAAUCUAAGUCCCAUGAACGUGGAUGUGCGCAUCCUUUUAUGUGGUCUCAAGGGCACAUUAAACUCUCAGAUCACCACUAAACGACCAGUAGAUGUGAUUUUUUAUGAUGACCAUAUAAAGUCUGAACAACUUCAUCAUGUGAUGUCGUCAUUAAGUAACAAGUCUCCUAAUUGCAAGACUGUAUUUGUAAAACCAAAUGAAGCUUAUAGUUCAAAUGAUACAAAGGAAAAUAACCAAUACGAUGAAAUGGAAAAUGAACUGUACGAGAGUGUGGUUUUAGGUGGAACUUUCGAUAGACUACACAAAGGCCAUAAAAUAUUAUUAAGUACAGCUGCGCUAAAAUGCACUAAAAAAUUAACUGUGGGCGUAACCGACAUUUCCAUGUUAAAUUCCAAAAAAUUAAAGGAACUUAUUGAACCUUGUAAUACUCGAAUAAGUAAUGUUGAAGGAUUUUUAAAAGAUAUUGAUCCAACAUUAGAAUAUGAAGUAUUGCCUAUUUAUGAUAGUUAUGGUCCAACAGUUCUUGAUCCUACAUUUCAGAUGAUUAUUUUAAGUGAAGAAACUAUGAAAGGUGGAGAGUUAAUUAACGAGAAAAGAAUUCAAAUUGGUUUACGACCCCUCGAUAUAAUACCUGUGCCGUUAUUAGAGGAAGAUAAAUCAACAAGUGAUUGUUGUGAAGAAGAAGAACAAAAAAUAAGUUCAAGCAAUUAUCGCAUGCGAUUGUUAGGUACACUCUUAAAACCACCACAACCAAAUCCUAAUAUACCCUCAUGUCCAUAUAUUAUUGGAUUAACUGGUGGAAUUGCAAGUGGCAAAUCAUCUAUUGCUAAUUAUUUAAAAGAUCUAGGAGCUUUUGUAAUUAACGCUGAUACUGUGGCGCAUAGACUUUAUGAUAUAAAUCAGCCUGCAUACCAAGAUGUCAUUGAUGUGUUUGGUCCUAGCAUACUGAAUACAAAUAAUGAAGUAGACAGAAAAAAAUUAGGUGACAUCGUAUUUAAUAACAAGGAUAAACUGGAACAAUUAAAUAAAAUAAUUUGGCCUCUAAUUUUGCAAAGAGUAAAAUCAAUAGUCCAAUCAACCAAAGGUCAUAAUAUAGUUGUAUUAGAAGCAGCUGUUCUUUUAAGUGCAAAUUGGCAAUACCAUUGUCAUGAAAUAUGGGUUUCAAUUAUUCCACGUGAAGAAGCUAAAGAAAGACUUCAAAAGCGCAAUAAUUUGAGUGAAAAACAAGCGCUUGAACGAAUUGAGUCUCAACCAUCAAAUUAUGAAUAUGUAGAAAAUGCAAAUGUUUUAUUUUCGACAUUGUGGAGCUGUAAUUUUACUCAUAUUCAAAUUAAAAGAGCAUGGAAUAGCCUUUUGAGUAGAGUUUCUAGUAACUACUGAUAUUUUUCAGGUCUUAAAAUGUUUUAUUACAUUUAUUGAAAAGGUUUUGGCUUAUUAUAUUAAUACAAUAUGUAUACUGUUUAGAUUUAUUGGUGAAAUGUUUUUUUUUUGUUAUCUUUUUUUAAUGAUUAAUUAUUCAUAAUAAAAUGGAUAUGUAAUAAAAAAAAUAACAUUGCAA